AUGCAAACUGCCUAUUUGGGACCUGAGCCGGAUGCUCGCCGCCUGACAUACGACGAUGAUGCUAACAACACCCGUUCGAAGUCACGCUUCGAGAGCAAAGAUGAGACUACAGACGGUAGCUUCUGGUCGAUACGUGGUGGCAGCACGAACGCCUCGCUCUCGGGAAGGAACCAGGAUGCCAUUUCCCCUGAGUUCUCGUUGCACGAGAGUGUGUCUCGGUACUUUCUGGCCGAGAUUAACACCAACUGGACCGAUGGACUCCUGAUCAUCUGUGCCUUUGUUAGCGGCCUGGUAGACGGGCUAUCGUUCAACGCCUGGGGGAGUUUCUCCAGCAUGCAAUCAGGAAACUCCGUUUUUAUAGCCCUAGGCGUUACAGGCCAACCCGUCUACCCAGCCUACCUCUGGGCCAAGUCCCUCAUCGCCCUUGCCACAUACCUAAUCGGAAACAUUAUCUUCAUCCAAGUCUCCCGCGCUCUCCAACCCCUCCGUCGCUCCACCCUUGUCCUAUCCUUCAGCGUCCAAACCGCAGCCCUCCUAGCUGCGGCUCUCCUCAUCCAACUCGACGUCGUAGACAACAGGCCUGAAGACCCCCGUGCCCCCAUCCAAUGGAUACAAGUCCUUCCCAUCGCUCUCCUUGCCUUCCAAGCCGCGGGCCAAAUCGUUGCCUCGCGCGUGUUGUCCUACGACGAGAUACCCACCAUCGUAUUGACUACCUUGCUUUGUGACUUGCUCGUUGACAAGAACCUUUGCCAGAGGCCGUGGAAGGCGAACCAAAAGCGCAAUCGCCGCCUUGCGGCGUUCCUGUCGCUCUUUCUUGGUGCUACGACGGCGGGUGGAUUGUGUAAGGUGGAUCAUAUGCCGGCGGGCUUGUGGUUGGCCAUGGGAUUGAAGUUGAUGAUUACGGCGAGCUUUAUGGUGUGGAAAGACCAUCGGAAGAGGGCUGAUACAGGACUCACUGCAUGA